AUGGACGGCUCUAUGGCUUCUGGGAUUGGCAAUGAGAAAGCAACUACAGAUGUUGAUGACUCUACAUGGGAUGCUUUUGAUAUUUCAUCUUCAGAAGAUGAAUAUGAAAUACCUUCGUCUAAUGAUGAUGAUAGCAUUUUUGGUGAUCCUGUAUCUGAGUCUGAUAAUAUGGACAUCGAUGAUGAAGACAGCAUAAGAGAGACAGAUGAUGAACCCACUUCUGAAAAUACGAGUGAUGUGACAGGAAGUUCCCAGUUGGACCAUACUAAGCAGGAAGAUAAUAAGGAUCCAUAUGAUAUUGAUGCUGAAAUGAGCAGACAAGCGAAAAAAGAUCAAGGCUCAUCGAAAUCUAGGAUCAUGUCACUGGGAGCUGCUCGGGAUGAGAUUAUUCAACAUUAUGAGGACAUUUAUCAGGUGACAAUGGAAAAUACAAGCAUGGUAGGAUUUGUAAGAAAGGAUCUUUACAACAUGUCUUGCCGUGAAAAGAGGAAGAUGCUUGCAAAGGGUGACGCCAACACAACCAUUGGCAUUAUGGAGAAGAGGAAGCGAGAUGAUCCUGAAUUCUUUUUUGAUUACAAGCUUGGUAAAGGUGGACAAUUGUUACACCUGUUCUGGUGUGAUUCUCAGUCUCGGCAGGACUAUGCCGACUUCGGUGACGUGCUGGCGUUUGACAGCACGUACAAAACAAAUCGGUAUGCUAUGCCGUUCAUACCUUUUGUGGGAAUAAACAAUCACCGCCAGACUACUGUUUUUGCAUGCGCCAUUGUCUCGGACGAAAAGGAAGUAACAUACAAGUGGUUGUUAGAAACAUUCCUGAAAGCCAUGUAUCAGCAGAAGCCUAAAGGGAUCAUCACUGAUGGGGACGCUGCAAUGAUCACCGCUGUUGGUAAAGUCUUUCCAGGCGUGUGGUACCGUGUUUGUACGUGGCAUAUUGAGAAGAACAUGAAGAAGCACAUUGACUCCCUGGCUCACAAUGAAUUCCGGUCGCUGCUGUACUACACCACUUCGAACAAGUAUUCGAGGGGAGAUGGAGGGCAUUCGUCGAGAAGCACCAGACGGAAUUAA